GGGGAAGUCCGGUAAAUUUUCAAAAUUUUUAAAAUCACAAUAUUACAUGUCUGUAUAACAGCCAAAAAAAAUUUUUCAGCUAAAAAGUUCUAAAAGUCAUGAAAAAAGCAAUUUUGCCUCAUAUCAUUUCUACUUUCACUUCAUGAUAUAUUUCCGCAACGAGUAGUCUGGACACUAAUAUUCUUCUGACGUCAUUCGUGACAACAACAUUCGGCGCGUUACUUUCUUGCAGUAGUAAACUUAUCUUGAAGUAGUUAUGUCAUCUUCCUCUUCUGAUGUAAGCGAUGUUGAAUUUAAUGAAGAUGAAGAGUUUGGUUUAUCUCCUUUCAUGUUCGAACCGGAACGGAGUCAAAGUGAAGUGGCUGCAGCUUUAGAAGCUUUAGGAAACAACGUUGGCGCUAAAAACUGCAAUGUUGAAGCUGGAAAUCGUGUUGGAAAUGUUGAGUGGUGCCAGUGCAAAAAGUGUAAAAUUAUGGUCACUGAAACGGAAAGUUUAUGUUGUCGUGAUAAUAAUGAUAUUCCGGACGGUCAUUUUCAAGGUCAUACGUGUGUUACAAAUUCGGAUGAAUUCAAAAUGGUUUGUUUGCCGGAACCCGUGUUACGGACAGCACUAGGUGCUAUUCACAACAUGAGAGGGAUUCGUCAUAAACUUUGCAACAGAUCAUAUCGGUUUGCUGCUUAUAAACAAUAUAUAUGGUGGGUGUAUGGAAGACUGGGCAUAGGUUAUCGAAAGCCUAUACCAUCAUGUGUUGUGUGGGUAAUCCGUAAUGAAUACCCGCAGCCCGAUGGGGUAUACGUGCCAUACACAGAAUCAGGAAUGGAUUUGGACACAUAAAAUGUAUAAGAACAUGUAUAAUUGUAAAGAUGAUGAAUGAAAUUUUUACAAUA